UCCUGCUCCUCCUGCUUCUGCUGCUCCUGCUCCUGCUGCUGCUGCUGUGGCCAGAUGAAAUCUACCCCCGGCAACAAACAACAUCCACUCCGAUCUACCAGAUCGUGGGCGUUGUAAUCUCUGGGGUGACACUAAAAGGCGGAUAUGAGUGUUCAGCGGCGAAAGAGGCGACAGAGCCACGGAGGGGCUGCUGGGUUAUGAUAGAGGCGCGGCGGACUCGCAGGAAAUUCGGACUGGCCUGGAUAGAUCGGCUCUCCGCGGUUCUUUUUUUUAUUUUUAUUUUUUUUCCUUUUUCCAGGGAUCGGGAUCACGCCUGACGAGAGAAUCCAAGUUGAUAACUUGGAGAGGAGUAAUGUUCAAGCUCUCUCAGCGCGGUUUCCCUGCAGGCAGAAAAAAAGCCCUGGAGGGCAGGAGCUCCUGAGAUGUCGGUCCAUCAUGGCACGCUGCUCUGUCUGGGCCUCCUGCUGAUGAUCUCCGGAGCAAUCAUGGCCUUCAGCUACAGCUCCAGCCCUACGAAAGUCCCACUGAUGGUUCUUGGGAUAUUUCUGGGCAUGGGGGGUCUGAGCCUGGUGGUGGCAGGAGUUUGCAUGGCGAAGAAGAAUUUCCAGGUGGGAGUGCCUGGCCACUUUCUCCUGCACCCCCCUACAGGCACACGCUUCAGCCCACAGCAGGCCCUGGCCAUACAAAGGAGGCUGGACAGAAUCCGUCGGGAGAUUUCGACCGACGCCGUCAGCACGUUGCCGGAGCCCGAACCCUCCCUGCCGUCCACCCCGCCUUCAUGGACCAUGGAGCCGCCUCCGUCGUAUGACACCGUGAUGAAGAGCCAGGAGCACGGCGAGCAGAUAAACCAGGAGCACGGCGAGCAGAUAAACCAGGAGCACGGCGAGCAGAUAAACCAGGAGCACGGCGAGCAGAUAAACCAGGAGCACGGCGAGCAGAUAAACCAGGAGCAGAGUCAACAGCUAAACCACGAGCACGAUGUGCAGCAACAUUUUGAACACACUGAAUGCACGAAUCAAGACAACAGCCAGGAAUUAUAAAUCCUGUUGGACAUCCUAAACUCCGUUCAGUGCCUACGGUUCUACUUCAGUGCUAUGGACCAACUCCCAGCUGCAAACCUUCUCCGUGCCUUGAAACUGACCAAUCAGGAUUCAAUUUUGCUCAGGCUUCCUGUGUGAGGAUUAGACCAUAAGAAAAAAGAGGAAAGGGUUGACCUGAAGGCUAUUUGGUAAUGGUGACUUUAGAUAUAUGUUAUCUUUUCAUAUUUUUAAGCUACUGUUUAAAUACAAGAAGUACUGCAGUUCAAUUUCCUAUACCCGCAGCAUGCAUACCGCUAAAACACAUUUACUGCUUUUGGUUCACUAGAGAUCAUAUACAGUCUCGGGUUUUCACGUUUAAGUCUUGGCUAAACGUCAUUUAAUCGAUGCAAUCAGUCACAUAUUUCUUUUUUUUUUCUUUACCCUUACCUGCUUCAAUCUGACAACACCCCUGAUAAAAUGCCAGGGCUUUGAGAGGUAAGAAAACGUGGCCUUGAUACUCUGCAGACUCUUUCCACAUAUAACGCCACGUACAUCCCAGACAAUACAAGCAAAAAAGAAUAUGUAGAAAGGCGAAGCAUGAAGGAAAGUGCAACAAUCAAACUAACGUUGGGCUGGAAACAUAGACCUGGCCCAUUUUUAAAAGGAUGUCAGCAUUUUUUUAGAGCCACCAUGUCCCAGCAGAGAGUGGGUUGCAAGAACCUCAGAAAACAGGCCAGCACCUCCUCCAUUCUCAGGUCCUGACCACGUGGGAUCCGAUCCUGUGAGGAGACUGUUCAACCUCCCAGCCAAUAUAGUAUUCAAUAAAAAAUGCUAAAUUUGGUUAUUUUCAUACAUUUCCACAAAUAACCUACUUGUAUUAAAAAUGUUGUUUUAAACAACCUCUUUCAGGCUGAAUCAGUUUGUCUCAAAGACAAGAACGCAGGAAUGAAUGCAUCCCGCACAUAAUGGGCCAAUAGGUGGUCGUGCACUGAGAACAGGAUGGAAAUAUGCUUUGUAUUUGAUAUGGCUCAACAUUUUUUAUGUAAAAAAAAUAAAGCUUUUUUU